CACGUAAACCCUAGCCAUCUGAUCCAUCCUCUGGCUAUAAAUACCCAAAUUAAAAACCCGCUACUCGUGUGCUUUUCCCACUGCAAAAAUCUCAAAAUCAAAAGCCAAGCACAAAGCAGAAAGCAGGAAGCUCCACAGAUAAGACCGCCACAGCCGAUAGAAUGGAUCGGUAUCAGAGGGUAGAGAAGCCUAAGGCAGAGACAGCUAUCAAUGAGAACGAAUUGAGGAUUACUGCUCAAGGGAGGAUGAGGAAUUACAUUUCAUAUGCUCUUUCUCUUUUCCAGGACAAAGGCACUGAUGAGGUUGUCCUGAAAGCCACGGGUAGAGCUAUCAACAAAACUGUGAUGAUUGCUGAAUUACUGAAGAGACGAAUUGUUGGUCUUCAUCAAAUCACAUCAGUUGGAUCUAUUGAUAUAACUGACACAUGGGAACCCUUAGAAGAAGGCCUACUUCCACUGGAAACCACCCGCCAUGUUUCAGUUAUCACGAUAACCUUGUCUAAGAAGGAGCUUAACUUGUCUUCUAUUGGAUAUCAGCCCCCAAUCCCUGCUGAUCAAGUAAAGCCAUUAGCUGAAUAUGACGAUGAGCGAGGUAAUAGCAAUGGGGUAGUAGAACACAGCAAUGGGGGUUGGGAUGGUGGUCGAGGAUAUGUUAGUAGAGGUCGAGGUCAUGGAAGAGGGCGCAGUUUCCGAGGGCGUGGAAGAGGGUAUGGUGGUGGAAAUAUGAAGCAGAAAUCAGGUUAUUACAAUGGUUAUGGUGGAUCAGCAGAACUGCCUGCUCAAACUCGUGGUCGUGGGCGUGGGAGGGGAAGGCCUCGUGGUCGUGGUCAAGGUUUUAGAACUGGUGGGCCAGUUCAAGCAGCUGCAUGACUGGCAGUGUCAGGCAUUUGAGGUAAAACAUAAGUUUCCAGUGUGAAAUGAUGGAUUGGAUGCCUGAUCUGCAAUUUAACUUUUCAUCAAAUGUAAGUGAAAAAAAUUUCGGAGUUUUAAGACUGGAAAUUGUUUUUGUAAGCUGCAUUUUUGUAGGUAGGUACAGUUAUUCGCAUUUAUCAUUAGUCACUAGUUACAGUAGUGCUACUUCGCCAUGUUAGUGUUGUACAAUUUGCAAGUCCUAAUUUUUUUCCCCUAAAAAUAACAGAGCAGUGCAUUCAUUCGA